AUGUCACCACCACCCACGAACACGGCCAAUUAUGCCGCCAACGACCUUUCUAAUGCGGCUCUAGGAGGAUCGAUUGCCCUCAAAGAUGGCAUAUUUGUCGACGGUUAUGGACGCACUUUGUCGCUCCAUGGCCUCAACAUCUCCGGCGCCAGCAAGCUGCCGACUAGGCCGAACGGCCUAUCUCAUCUCACAGAAGGCUUCUACGAGCACCGCACGGUGACAUUCGUCGGCAGACCUUUCCCUCUCGAAGACGCACCCUUGCAUUUCCGACGGCUGCAGGCCUGGGGUCUUCCGCUGAUCCGGCUGCUCGUCACAUGGGAGUCGAUUGGGCACGCGGGGCCGGAUCCCCGUACUGACCUCGACCUCGAGUACAUCGAGUACCUACGGAAGCUCGUCGAAAUGAUGCCCUCGUAUGGUAUCAAGUGUUUUAUCUGCGCCCAUCAGGAUGUCUGGAGCAGAUUCAGCGGUGGGAGUGGUGCACCUGGAUGGACCUUCGAGGUUGCUGGUCUAGAUGUUGAGGCCUUUACCGACACUGGGGCUGCGUAUGUCCACGGACAAGACGAGCUUCGUAGAGCUUCUGCGCCGGUCAACGAGAAAGAACCAAGUGGUCCCUUUGUGUGGCCAUCCGGAUACCAGAAGCUAGCAGCAUCAACGCUGGCGACCCUGUUCUGGGCCGGCGAUGCUCUCGCGCCUAAGUUGCGAUGUAGUCGAUCAUCCAAGAAUGGGAAAGAAGAGACCGUUUCUGUGCAAGAGCUUUUGCAAGAUGCGCUGAUCGAAGCUUUCGGUCGGCUAGCAGACGAAGUUGCCGGCCUGGAAGCCUGCAUUGGCUUCGAGCCGAUGAACGAGCCCCAUCGUGGCUUGAUCAACCUCCACGGCUUUGAUGGGUGGAACUAUGAUACGGAUCUUCAUAUCGGUUACUUUCCGUCGCUGACGCAGGCCUUAGCACUUGCGAGUGGCUAUGCCCAGGAGGUUGACUACUAUGUCAAAUCAUGGCCGUUCCCGACACGCAUUUCUCAUCGAACGGUUGUUGAUCCGAAGGGCCGAUCAGCAUGGCUCCCGUCCAAGGUUAAGAACAAGGGCUUAGGAGAGUGCGUUUGGCGCGCACACGGGGCCUGGGACUGGGACAGCACAACGAAGGCCCCAAAGGUGCUUUCGAAGAACUACUUUGAGGUUGACCACCGACCUGGUCGUGAGGGAACACCGAUUGAAUGGUAUCGCGAUUUCUACGCACCAUUUCUGAAGCGUUUCUCGGAUCGUGUCUCACGUAAAACACCUCGUCACUUCUGUUUCGUCGAGCCGAUACCGAACGAGUUCAUGCCUCCGUGGAUAGACAAUGACUCCAAAGAAGUCUCCCAAGCACGGAGGCAGAAGUACGCCACCAAAACAGUCAUCGAGACCAAACGGCCUGACAACCUUGUCUUUGGUCCUCACUUUUACGAUCUCAAUGUGUUAUUCAGCAAGCACCACUCAUUCAUGAGCGUCAACGUACAAGGACUAUCUAGAGGCAUGUUCAUACUCAAGGCGCUCUACUUUGGUGCGCGAGCGCUUCGAAAGAACUAUCGCCUUCAACUCGGCAAUAUCAUCAAGUAUGGAAAGGCUUCGUUGGGUGAACACGUGCCCGCCCUGAUCGGCGAGGUUGGUAUACCCUACGAUAUCAACGGCAGGAAAGCCUACGCCACGGGUGAUUACGACGACCAGCGCGAACUGAUGCACGCUCUCAUUUCUGCCAUGGAAGACAACAUGGUCGGCUUCACCUUAUGGAAUUACAACCCAGAUAACCGUGUCGAGUACGGUGAUGGGUGGAAUCAAGAGGACUUUUCGGUCAUCAACGGCGACAAGGAGGAGAAGCCAGGGGUUAUCAUGCAAGACUAUGCCAACCAGCCUCAUGCGAAUGAUGAGUUGUAUCGAGGCGGAAGAGUUCUCGAUGUCAUCAUCCGACCCUACGCCGUCAAGAUCGCGGGUCGUCCCUUGCGAUCGGACUGGGAUCCCCGAACUUUGAAAUAUGAGUUCGAGUGGACCAGCCAAGACCGGGUUGGUGAGAAGCAGUCCGAUAAGCUACGAACGACCGAAGUAUUCAUCCCGAAAUACCACUAUGAGGGCGGUAUCAAGGUCAAAGUCAGCGACGGCGAUUGGUCUUAUGAUGCCGACUUGCAGACGCUUUAUGUGCGUCAUAAGGCUGAGGUCUACCGUCACCGUCUUGUCGUCGAGGUUCCCAACGUCGGGAGGCGCCUCCUGGAGAGACUUGAGCGUCGGCGACUGGUGAGGCCGAGUAAAUUUCCUCUCAAUCUGCUGUCCCCAAGCACGGAGCUCGCAUUGCAGGAGCUUGACUCUGGCCUGUUAUUCAUCAUGUUGCUGUUGCCAGCUAUCGCGCUUGCCCUGGCUGUUUUUGCUCAGAGACUGAGGUGA